AUGUUCAAUGGCACGGAUAGAGCUAGCCGCUUGCGCACCUUUCUGCACGUGUCAAAUAGUUGGCAAGAAUUCAACCUAUUGGAUAGUGAUCUUGCUCAAUUACUUCCCCGAUCAAAGUUCUUAAGGGUGCUAAGCUUAACUAAUUAUUCAAUCACAGAGGUACCACAAUCCAUCGACAGUCUCAAGCACUUGCGCUACCUCAACUUCUCUAGAACAAUCAUCAAAGGAUUACCUGAACAAGUCAGCAACCUAUAUAAUCUACAAAGCUUGUUGGUCCGCGAUUGUGAGAUGUUGUCUAGCUCACCUGCCAGUUUUGUUAAGUUGACAAACCUUCGGCAUUUUGACAUCAGUGGUACUCCGUUGUUGAACAAGACACCACUAGGGAUUAGCGGAUUGAUAAGUCUACAAACUCUACCUAAGGUUUAUAUCAAAGGAGGUAAUGGGUUUAAAGUAUCCGAGCUUAAGGACCUAUCGGAUCUUCAGGGUCGACUUUCCAUUAAAGGGCUGGACAAGGUGAUGAAUCCAAUACAAGCAAAGGAUGCCAACUUACAUCAAAAAGAGGGCCUUGAUGAUCUGGAGAUGGAAUGGAAUGAAGAUGUCUUGGAUAAUUCUCGGAAUUCGACGAUUGAAUAUGAAGUUUUUGAAGGGCUAAGGCCUCACAACAAGUUGAAAACACUCAAGAUUUUGUUCUAUGGGGGAACCAAAUUUCCAAGUUGGGUUGGUGAUCCUUCAUUCCACUUAACUGAGCUUACUUUAGAAGGUUGUAGAUGUUGUACACAUCUACCAACAGUUGGACAUCUAGGUUCACUCAAGAAGUUUGUUAUGAGAAGCUUGCAUAUGGUGAAGACUUUGAGCUUUCAAGGUAUUCUUUUAUUUCCAUCACUUGAAAUUUUGGAAGUUUAUGAUAUGCAAGGUUUGGAGAUAUGGUCAACAAGUGAUGGUAACGAAGAUGACGAAAUUGCUAUAUCGUUUCCUUGUCUUCGUCAGAUCUAUAUAAAACAAUGUCCGAAACUGGCUGUUGUAUCAAUCAGUUUGAUACCGUUGCUUGAGGUUUUACGUUUAGAAGAAUGUUCGGAAGCAGUGUUAAGAGGUAUUGUUGGUGCAUCCGUAUCAAUCCUUAGAUUGACAAUGUGGGAUAUUAGAGGACUUAGUCAACUACAAGGAGAAGUUUUAAAACAUCUUCGGGCGGUUGAACACCUAUGCAUUAAAAACUGCUCUGAAUGGGAAUACUUGUGGGAAUCAGAAUUGGAGGCUUGUGAGUCACUUGUGAAUUUUAAAAGUUUUAGAGUUAUAUGGCUGUAG